GUUUACUGCUACACACACCAACAUGAAGUUUGUGGUUCUCGCCCUCCUGGCCACUGUGGCCACCGCCGCCCCCCAGUACGCCGCUCCUGCCCCUGUUUCUCGCUACGGUGAUUCCAGCGAGGAGGUCCCCAUUAUCAGGCACGACUUUGUACUUGGGGACUACGGCGGCUACAAACUUGAUGUAGAGACUGGAAACGGCAUCGUAGUAUCCCAGUCUGGCUCUCCCGACGGACCCGAGGGAACUGUGGUCAAGGCUGGAGAAUACUCCUACACCGCUCCUGACGGCACCCCAGUUCAUGUGAAGUUCGUCGCUGACGAGAACGGCUACCAGCCCCAGUCUGACCUGCUGCCAGUGGCUCCCGCCUUCCCCCACCCAAUCCCUCAGUUCGUGCUGGACCAGAUCGCCUUCGCUGCUACUGAGGAACCUCGCCGCUACAGCUACGAUGAUUAAAGUCAAAGUUUUUCUGAUGAAGUCUUCUACAAGACUUGUUGAAAGAA